CGUCUUAUUUGUGCAAGGGCGUGUAACACCACUUUGACCCAGUACCAGUUACUUGCCACCCACGUGCCAACUGUCUGGGCCAUCGAUCAGUACAGAGUAUGUCAGGAGGUCCUAGAGCGCUCCAGAGAUGUUGUGGAUGAUGUCAGUGUUUCCCUCAGGCUGUGGGAUACCUUUGGGGACCACCACAAAGACAGACGCUUCGCCUAUGGAAGGUCUGACGUGGUGGUUCUUUGCUUCUCCAUCGCCAACCCCAACUCCCUCCAUCACGUCAAAACCAUGUGGUACUUGGAGAUCAAGCACUUCUGUCCUCGCACACCUGUUAUUUUAGUGGGAUGCCAGCUGGAUCUACGCUACGCAGACUUGGAGGCUGUCAAUCGAGCCAGACGGCCAUUAGCAAGGCCUAUAAAGCCUGGAGACAUUCUGCCGCCAGAGAGUGGAAGGGAGGUGGCUAAGGAGCUUGGCAUUCCUUAUUACGAGACGAGCGUCUUUGACCAGUUUGGGAUCAAGGACAUCUUUGACAAUGCGAUCCGAGCUGCUCUGAUCUCUAGACGACACCUUCAGUUCUGGAAGUCUCAUUUGAGGAAGGUUCAGAAACCUUUGCUACAGGCUCCUUUCCUGCCCCCAAAAGCCCCUCCGCCACUCAUUAAGAUCCCAGAGUGUCCACUGAACAACCGGGAUGGCCCUAGACAGCUGCUGGAGAGUCCGCUGUGUGCUGACGUCAUGUUCAUCCUGCAGGAUCACAUCCGCCUGUUUGCCCACAAGAUCUACCUGUCUACCUCGUCCUCCAAGUUCUAUGACCUAUUCCAGAUGGAUUUUUCUGACGAAUCCCAGUGUUUGGUGGUGACAGAGAGUCACAGACGGGAUCACCUCAUGAGGACCCUGAGCCUGGACACAGAGGAGGAUGUGGCUGUUCUACCGAACCUCUCGCCCUGUUCACUCCGUGCUUCCAAGAGCGACGGCACACUGAAGAUGAUGAGUUUCAGCGGGAAGCACCGUCGCACUAAGCUGUCCCUGGCCUCCUGGAGUAAGGCAUUCUACAGCAUCCACAAGGAGAAUGUGAUCAACCCUGUGACUGGCAUGCCAUCCCCCAUGACUGUGGUAAAGAUGGAUCAUUCCAUUCAACUGGGGCCCUUCAGCGCAGUCCUUCGUUUCCUUUACACGGGCGAGCUGGAUGAGAAGGAGAAGGACUUAAUGAAAAUUGCUCAAAUUGCUGAGAUCCUGGAAGUGUUUGACCUGAGAAUGAUGGUGGAGAACAUUAUGAACAAAGAGGGCUUCAUGAAUCAGGAAAUUACAAAAGCGUUCCACGUGAGAAAAGCCAAUAGGAUAAAGGAGUGUCUUGCCAAGAACAAAUUUACAGAUGUUAUAUUCAGGUUGGAUGAUGGUACCAUCCAUGCCCAUAAGCCUUUGCUGAUCUCCAGUUGUGACUGGAUGGCUGCUUUGUUUGGAGGUUCUUUCAUGGAGAGUGCAAACAACGAGGUCUCCUUCCCCAACACCAGCAAGGUUUGCAUGCAGGCUGUGCUGGAGUACCUCUACACCAGUCAGCUCUCACCCAUGGCUGACCUGGAUCCAAUGGAGUUAAUCGCCCUGGCAAACAGAUUGUGCCUUCCUCGUCUUAUAGCUCUGACAGAGCAGUAUGCUGUGAAUGAGUUGGUAAAAGCCUCUAAAGAAGGACAAGACAUAGAUGGAGAGGUUCUCACUUACUUGGAACUUGCUCAGUUCCAUAAUGCUAAUCAGCUUGCUGCCUGGUGCUUACACCACAUCUGCACUCAUUACAACAGUAUAUGUGCCAAUUAUCGCAAAGAAAUCAAAUCCAAGUCACCAGAAAACCAGGAAUACUUUGAGAAGCAUCGCUGGCCUCCGGUGUGGUACCUUAAAGAGGAGGAUCACUACCAGCGAGUGAAGAAGGAGAGAGAGAAGGAGGACGUGGUUCUGAAUAAGCACCACUCUCGUCGCCGUUGGUGUUUUUGGAGCAGCUCUCCAGCCGUGGCUUGAGUGAACCCUUUCCCGCUGAGCACCUCUGACCUUUCACUAAUGUUAGUAUUUCCUGUCUUAACUUUCAGAAGGUGUCUAUAAUGUCCUGCUGUCGGUUUUUAUCCCUUUUAAAAUGUAACCGGGUCAAGCUGACCAAAUGUCC